AUGCUAUCCCCUCACAUCGUCCACCCCCUUGACGCACCGUCGCCCUCGCAUCCCCCGUUUCCCCGUCGCCCUUGCCCUCCCAACGCCCUUACCCCGGUCCCCUCUCGUCGAUUUCUUGUCAACGUCGUGGGGCCACAUUCCGACGCUUCGUACACCACUCCGCGCUCCUCUCGCCUCACGGCGCGCGCUCCUCUCGCCUCCCCGCGCGCGCUCUUCUCGCCUCCCCGCGCGCGCUCUUCUCGCCUCCCCGCGCGCGCGGCUUUCGCCUCCCCGCGCGCGCUUCUCUCGCCUCCCCGCGCGCGCUCCUCACGCCUCCCCGCGCGCGCUUCUCUCGCCUCCCCGCACGCGCUCCUCUCGCCUCCCCGCGCGCGCUCUUUUCGCCUCCAGCGCCGCAUCUUCCCGCCUCCCCGCGCGCGCUUCUGUUGCCUCCCCGCGCGGCCUCCUCUCACCAUCGCCAGCGCGAGCCUUUAUAGCGCGCGCUUCACUUGCCUCCCCGCGCGGCCUCCUCUCACCUCCCCGCGCAUCCUCCUCUCGCCGCCUCACGCGUGCUUCUCUCGCCUCCCCGCGCGAACUCCUCUCGCCUCCCCUCGUGUGCACCUCUCACCCCCCCUCUACCGCCCCUCUUGCCUCCCCGUGCAGCCUCCUCUCACCUCCCUGCGCGUGCUCCACUCGCCUCCCCUCGCGUGGUCCUCUCACCUCACCUUGUGUGCUCCUCUCGCCCCCCCACGCGUGCUCCUCUCUCCUCAUCUUGCGUGCUCCUCUCGCCUCCCCACGCGUGCCCCUCUAAGAUGCGUGAGGGGCUUCACCUCCCGUCUCCUCACUGCCUCUCUGCGUCUCGCGACAGCCUCUGUUCGCAUCGCUGAUCGCAAAUAUUGCCCUUGGCCCCUGCUCACACUCUUGCAACGGCUGUGCUUCCGCAUCCCCUCUGCACGCCCUCUUUCCCCCUCUUCCACGCCCUCAUUUCCCACCCUGCUUGCCCACGUUUCCCCACCUUGCAGUCCCUCACAAGCCCUCGAUGGGGUGCUCCUCUCUCCUCACCUCCCGUGGUCCACUCUGACAUGGCAUGGUGCUCCUCUCCUCUCGCCUCCCGUGCUCCACUCUGAAAUGUGGGACGCUCCUCUCUCCUCACCUCCCGUGCUCCCCUCUGACAGGGGGGUGCUCCUCUCUCCUCACCUCCCGUGCUCCCCUCUGACAGGUGGGGUGCUCCUCUCUCCUCACCUCCCGUGGUCCACUCUGACAAGGCAUGGUGCUCCUCUCCUCUCGCCUGCAGUGCUCCACUCUGGAACGUGGGACGCUCCUCUCUCCUCACCUCCCGUGCUCCACUCUGGAAUGUGGGAAGCUCCUCUCUCCUCACCUCCCGUGCUCCCCUCUGACAGGUGGGGUGCUCCUCUCUCCUCACCUCCCGUGCUCCCCUCUGACAGGGGGGUGCUCCUCUCUCCUCACCUCCCGUGCUCCCCUCUGACAGGUGGGGUGCUCCUCUCUCCUCACCUCCCGUGGUCCACUCUGACAGGGCAUGGUGCUCCUCUCCUCUCGCCUCCCGUGCUCCACUCUGGAAUGUGGGACGCUCCUCUCUCCUCACCUCCCGUGCUCCCCUCUGACAGGGGGGUGCUCCUCUCUCCUUACCUCCCGUGCUCCCCUCUGACAGGUGGGGUGCUCCUCUCUCCUCACCUCCCGUGGUCCACUCUGACAGGGCAUGGUGCUCCUCUCCUCUCGCCUCCCGUGCUCCACUCUGGAAUGUGGGACGCUCCUCUCUCCUCACCUCCCGUGCUCCCCUCUGACAGGGGGGUGCUCCUCUCUCCUCACCUCCCGUGCUCCACUCUGGAAUGUGGGACGCUCCUCUCUCCUCACCUCCCGUGCUCCCCUCUGACAGGUGGGGUGCUCCUCUCUCCUCACCUCCCGUGCUCCCCUCUGACAGGUGGGGUGGUCCUCUCUCCUCGCCUCCCGUGCCCCACUCUGACAGGGCAGGAUGCUUCCGGACCUGUUGUUUAG